AUGACUUUAAAUAAAGGAAAUUUAUUAUAUACAGAAUCUGAAGUUUUAUCUACUAGUAUUCAAAGACAAAAACCAAUAAAUUUUAUUCCUUUACAAUUUGAACAUCCAAUUAAUGAAAAAAGGUAUCCAGUACUUCCUAGUAAUUUUAAUUUAACUAAAACAUUAACACCUUUAAUAUUAUUUUAUGAGCUUUUUUCAGUUAAUUUUUUCAAUAAAUUUGUUAAAUCAACCAAUAAAUAUGCUGUUCAAAAUUUAGCAGAUGCAGGAUGGCCAUGGUAUUUUCUUAAUAUUAAUGAAUUUAAAAUAUGGCUUGCUAUUGUUAUAUAUAUAGAAACUCAUAAAAUUUUAUCACAUGAGUUUCUUUGA